AUGGCGACAACGACGGCCCAGGGCUGGGCUCAGCUGCGCCAGCAAGCCCGGUCCCUCGAGACACAGACAGAGACACUCUUCCACACAUACUCGCAGUUCUCGACGCAACCCAACAUCCCACCCAAGCCGACAGAAGAGGAGCGGGCAACAGAAGCCAAGUUACAAGAGCUUCUAGAAAAGCGCGAGAGCGUCAUCGCACAGCUGGGGCGGCUGCUAGACUCGGAGGCUGCGCUGACGUCGUCGGCGCUGAAGCAGAGCAACCUGUCGCUGCUGCGCGACAAGCUGGCGGACCACCGGCGGGACCUGGGGCGGCUGCGGAGCGGGCUGGGCGAGGCGCGCAACCGGGCGAACCUGCUGGGCAGCGUGCGGGACGACAUCUCGGCGUACCGGGCGGCGAACCCCGAGGCGGCCGAGGCCGACUACAUGCUGGAGGAGCGGGGGCGGCUGGACCGCAGCCACGACAUGGCCGACAGCGUGCUGAGCCAGGCGUACGCGGUGCACGACAACUUUGCGCUGCAGCGCGAGAGCCUCGCCAGCAUCAACCGCCGCAUCACGCUGGCCGCUAGCCACGUGCCCGGCAUCAACACCCUCAUCGGCCGCAUCUCGGCUAAGAAGCGCCGAGACGGUAUCAUCAUGGGCUCCUUUAUCGCCUUUUGCUUCCUCAUGUUCUGGUACUUUCUCUGA